AUGUCUUUCCUCACAGCAACCACCGAAGUCAAUACCAAAACAACCCUCGCUCCACACAUAACGAAAGCACAGGCACUCUCCCUCCUCCACAAUGACACUGGCAUGCUCGACCUCAACCCCUCCAAGAUAACAUACACGCUCCUCCCAGCUUCAACCUCGACGCAGUUCUACUCCUCCGUCCCAGCAGCCCACAAGCCCCCCACCAUCCCUGGAGACAUCUCCACCCUCCCCGUUUUCCACGUCACCGAGCACCAAGGCACAUCUUCGAGCGACGAAAACGAGGUACAAGGCGGACACUGGAAAGGCAGCUGGAUCAAGCGGUUCGUGCCCAACGAGCUUACCUACCAGACAAGCGUACAGCACACCGCGGAUGGCAUGAUAAGUAUCACGCACGCGCCGAUGGGCGUCCAGAGUGUGACUACGUGGGUGGUGCGAGAUCCUGCUGCGGAAGGGGAGGGCUGCGUGCUGGAGAAAACUGGGAAGGUUUGGAGUAAUAGGGCACUGAUGGGAUUUAUCAAAGGGGGGCUACAAGCAAGCUAUGAGAGGCUGGCAGCGGACUAUGUGAGGGCUCUGGAGAAGAUGGUAGCCGAGGAAGAGGAACAGAAACGGAAGACUGCUGAUACGCAGGAGUCGAAGGCUGGUGAAGAGAAGAAGGCGGGUGAGGGAGCUGCGGAUGUUGAGGUUGAGACGGUGUCAUAG